AUGAGUGAUAAUCAAUCGGAUUAUAUAAGUGAACUGAAGUACAUUGCUGUUAAUCCCAACACAAUUAGUAGAAUAAAAAAAAGAAUUUUGACAUUUAGUGAACUUCAAAAUGGUGCUUUGGAUCGUAAAAAGAAUAACAACAAUAUUUGUAUAGAUAAAACGAAUAACAUAUUUAAACAUAAUUUUGAUAAAAAUAAAAGAAAUCGUAAAGAAGAAUUUUUUAUUUGUAGUAAAUUUAGACAAUUGCAAAUUAUUCUCGACUAUCAAAAAUGUAAUAUUCAUAAAACUCCAAUUGGCACUUAUACAAGACUGUUUGGAGGAAGUAAUCUACUUAUUGGAUUUUAUGAUAACAAGCAAUCAAAUGAAACAUUAGAUGAACAUGUUAAUAUGAUCUUGAACGAUAAAACUUUUAAACAAAUAAUAGAAAAAUUUCGAUUACCUGAGUAUUACUUGAAAAGAAUUGUAGGUGGAAGUUUUAAAAAUAUAUGCAGCAGAGAACUUUGCCUUUCUACAUCUACUUUUGAUAGGAUACUUAAAAUUUCAAAAACAAAAAGUAAACGAAAACAUUUUUAUAUUGAAAAAUAUUUAGCUAGAGCUAUCAAACACUUUCUUGGUCACUAUUUUGUUAAAUUUGAUAAAAUUGGAUUCUUGAAGUCAAUUGAGGGACAUCUCAAGAAAAUUCUUACCAGUGAUUUGACAUUUCCAAUAAGGUUUCUUAUAAUUACAUUACUUUUGUUGAUCAUAACAUCUCUGGAAGAAAACGAAUCUUAUCUUAUCACUGAUCCAGAUCUUAUUAUAAUACUUACAAGGCAUAUUUUUGAGCGACCAAGAUUACAUUUUAUUAAAUUUGGCAUUAAAAAAAAAUAUAAGACAGAUGAUGAUUGUGAUUUCAGAAGAAUGGUUAAUCUGUUUGUUGAUAAAUAUUGUGAUAAAUUUACAAAUCAGGGUGUGGCUUUAAAUGAUUAUCAUAUCCCUCAAUUAUUAGAUUUUUUCAGUUUUACGAUAAAUAAGAUUCUAUAUCAUUUGGAAUUGCAUAAGAAAUUUCAACAAAUAGAUGAUAAUAUAAACAAAUAUAAAGCAAUAAACUAUGCAUCUGUUUUUCAUUGCCUUUUUCCAAAAUUUUUAUGGGUAUUCAAUGCGUAUAAAUCUCAAUAUAUAUCCAAUGAAUUGAAAUUAGAUUUUAAACAAAUAACGGGAAGAACAAUCAAUAUUUUAUUUGACAAAAUUAAAAAAACUAAAUUUGUAUGUUAUGAUAUGCCUGACUAUAUCAAAGCUGCUUUUAUUUAUACAAGUGAAAUAAUUUUAUUGAUUGGAGAAAAUUUAUUUUUAAAAUGUGGUAAUACUGACUAUAAUGAAAUUAUUAUAAAAUGGAGUGAAAUUAUUUUUCAUAUUGAUAAAUCAACAAAUGGUAUAAAUCAAAUUGAAGUUGGUAAUAUUAUUGCUAAAAGAUCCUAUAUUUUAAAAAGAUAUGAUUUACUUAUUAAUGAAUUUGCAAACAAAUAA